AUGGGGAAAGGCGGCAGAGGCGGCAAGGGCAAAGGAACCGGCACACCCAGUGCUGCCGAGUUGAAGAAACGGAAGGCGCCAGAAUCAGCGACCCAGUGCACGGCCAUCGUGGCCGCAGAUGACCCAGAAGGUGGGCAGGCGAAGAAGGCAGCGAUGCCCAAGAAAGUCUGGGUCUGCCCACAGUGUGGACGCGACAUCAAGGCUCACGGACUGGAAUGGGGCGAGACCGACAAGGACGGCCAUCGCAAUCCGCAUGCAGGGUGCCACGAGUGCAUGGAGUUGGACAGCGAGCUCUACCCCGACAUGGGCUUCCAGCAGGUCUUGGGUGUGAAAACAUCCGGCAAGCAGGAGGGGGUGGAGAUGGAUCAGGAACUCGACGAAGCCAGGGACGUUUACGAUGACCCCUCCAAGCAGCCACGAUUCAAGCCUAGGAGUAAUGUCUACGUUGCAACGGAGCAAGGGCACGAGGUCUAUCACAAGAUCGGCCUGGCCACACACACGGAUGUGGUUCGUCUAACAGGUGCGGCGCCGGAGAAGUUCGGCUUGGAGGUCGUUGCAAUGAAGCUGGAAGGCCCAAAUGACAACAACAAGAACCUCUACCCGAUCUCCUUGCUGGGCUUGCCGCCGGACGAGCUGUACAACAUCUACAAGGCCAAGAUCUUCACCCGCGUCGCUGUGAUCCACGACAAGCUUCACCUUGCUCACGAGGACCAGCUCAUCCAGGCCCAGGGCUUGCGCAUGCAUGCGCAUGUGCACAAAUCCUUCACUGAGAAAACCUCGCCGCCUCUGAAGCCAAACGGGCUCGUGAAGACUGUGGCUCAGUGGCAGCAAAAGCUUCGUGAGAUGGAGGAGCAGGCGUUCUCUGGGCACCCCAACCGGGGCGCGGCGGAGGAGCCCGAGAUGCACAGCAGCGACGAGAAUGAGGAUGAGCAGGACGGCAAGAAGCGCAGGAAGCAAAGGGCUGCACCGAGGAUCGAGGUGGAUGGCCCUACCCAGGGAAAGGCUGCGAAGAAGAAGCAGGCCAAAGCGAGAGAUGGACCUUUGGCUGUGACUACGGGUACUACAGCCUCUGCGAGUGCUGCUUUCACGGGCCGCGCGGGCGAUCUGGCGCCCAAGGAGCCCAUCUGCGACACCAAAGCAGGAGCUACGCGCAGCAGUGCUGGCAAAGAAAAGGACGAGAGCUUGCUCUAUCUCAAGCACCACGAUGAGGAACUCUUCCGCAUCGCAUCCGUGCAUCUCGGCACGAGCAGCGGUGCCAGCGUCAAGUGCUUGACAAGCCUCACUGUCCAGAAGUUCCUGUCCGAGGGAAAACUGGGACAGUGCCUGAAUGGGGUGGCUUGGCAUCGGGAGUUUUGUGGCAGUUUCAAUCCCGUGCGAGUUUGCAUAAACGUGCAAGGGUCUCAUUUUCUUGGUCACUGCGACCACUACGUCACUACGACUUGUGCCCAGGCCGCGAGACUGCUCGGCAAUUUGAAGACGGCGAAGAAGCAUACGGAGGCGGACAGCCUAAGCCACCGCAUUGACCAAUGCAAGGCCGCAGCGAAGGUCGUCGAGAACGACCUCAUGUACAUGAGCUAUGAUGAUGUGCAGUGGUGCAUCAGCAUGCUUCAGGAUGCGGAGGACGACUUGCCGCUGAAGGUCUGGUCACAGUGGACGGCACGCAGCUCGGCUGACAGCCUCACGGACCUCCUCACGGAAGGGGAGUAUCAGGACGAAUCGACUGAGGAUGGUCUCAACGAGGCAGCCUGCAUGGAAGGCGUCACCUCCCUUGUGAAGCGGUUGAGCUUGAGAACUGCGGAGGAUCAGGCCUUGAACUCCUUGGACUUGCUGAAGCCUUCCUUUGCAGCUGUGCUUCAGCGGCUUUUCCUCACCAUCGAGGAGAACCAGGACGAGAUUGUGGACCUCGUCGGGCAGGCAGAGGACGGUGACGUGGCAGCAGCGACCGAGAAGACCGCACCCACGAUCCUUGAGCGUGUGCAAGGCGACGCAGAGGCCAUCGCGGGAGCCUAUGUGUCCUUCUUCACCAGCACUGUGUUCAUGGAUUUCUUGGGUGAGUGCUUGGAGAGGAAUCGAUCUCUGUGUCGCAUGGUGCUCACGAGGUACUUAGUUGAGGCGGAGGACCAGAAGCCCCAGGACAUCGUGACGAAGCUGAAGGAAUCGCCGGUGGAUUUGAGCUGCAUCGUGCAUGCAGUGGAGACGGUGCACAAGUUCCUCGCAGGCCUUGCGCUGCUCUUGGACCUCAAGGACGUGCCUCAAGUCGGCCAGCUUCCCGACCUGACCUACUUCUCGAACUACAAGGGUUCCAGCGGUCUGGAGAAGUGCAUGAAAUCUUUGCUUCGGAAGGAAGCCUUUACUAAGGCUAUGGACGAGGUCAUCCGCACGGGCGCAACAUCGCGGACAUUGGAGCCCAAGUUCCGCGCAAGCAUGUCCAAGGUGGAGACAAAGCCACGAUUGACAACAGAUGAGAUUGUUGAUCUCCUGAAAGACAUGAGUGUUUUCAGGAGCGGCUUGAGAAGUGGCAGCAGCGCUGGCUUUGAAGACCUCCUCUUUGGUAGGAUCCGUGACAUGGCCAAGGAGGUAAUGGAGGGUGGCGUGGGGAAGGAUCAAGUGACAUCCAGGUUUGUGGAUGCGCUGCUCAGCGGCUUCUCUGCUUUCCCUGACAGAGACGGAAGCUUGGACAUGCAUAAGGAGCUUCAGUCAUGGAUGCAGCGGCACGUAAAGUCGCUUGCGGGCAUGGAUUUCGCGGAUUACAUGCACGAGGUGUCCACCAAGCGCGAGAUUGACUUCGUCGUGCUGGAGAAGAAGCUGACAGAUUGCACUGCGGGUGACUUGCCACCCCGUGCACUCGAGACAUUCGACGGCUUC